CGGUUUAAUUAGUUCUUGUCAUUGUCCUGCGGAGGGGGAUUAAACUUACAGCGGCCGCAAAGUAGCAGCACAGCCAGUGCGUUGGUUAUAUUUUCAGCAAGCGGUUUGUAUGAUAAAGACGAGACUCUGUAGACUGUGCAUAGCCUAAGUUUUGCGGUUACUGGUGCUCAAAACACGCAUGUUUUCCCUGCUGUCCUGUUUGGCAUGUUUGUAAGCGCAGUCUGACGCAUUUCACUUGUCUACUGUUCAUCCAGGAGGAGCCGAGGUUAGGAUCGACUCCUUUAGCCAUGUUAGCUGCAACAUGUAACAAAAUAGGGAGUCCGAGCCCUUCACCGUCGACCAUUUCGGAUAAUUCCUCGUCAUUUGGAAAAGGCUUCCACCCGUGGAAAAGAGCCGCUGCGAGUAGCUGCAGCCUCGGAUCUGGCCUGUCCGGCUUCGGGGUGUCCCGUAAUGGAUCUGGCAUCUCGGACUCUUUUGGCACUAACAGCUCCACUGGAUCCAGUGCCUUUUCUCUCACGUCCGGUACCACGUCUAGCUCACACUUUGGAAACGAUUAUUCUGUUUUCCAAGCAUCCGUUUCGAACAGCUCUCAAGAGACCAGCCACCAGCCGGUCUUCAUCUCAAAAGUGCACACCUCUGUGGACAGUUUGCAGGGCAUCUAUCCGAGGAUGAGCGUUGCGCAUCCGUACGAGUCCUGGUUCAAAUCGUCUCAUCCUGGUAUCCCCACGGGAGACGUUGGCACCACCGGAGCCUCCGCAUGGUGGGAUGUGGGAGCGGGAUGGAUUGACGUUCAGAACCCUAAUGGAGCAGCAAUACAGACGUCCUUACAUUCCGGUGGGCUCCAGACCUCCUUGCACUCUCCCCUGGGCGGAUAUAACUCUGAUUACUCGAGUUUAAGUCACUCUGCUUUCAGUACAAGUCCAUCUCCACACCUGUUGACAACCGGCCAACACCUGAUGGACGGUUUCAAACCGGUGUUAUCCUCUUAUCCUGACACAAGCCCCUCUCCAUUAACCGGGGCAGGAGGGACUAUGCUCUCCGGGGGUCCACCUGCGUCUUUAGCGGGGUCUCCGAGGUCAUCUGCCCGGCGGUACUCGGGCAGAGCCACCUGCGACUGUCCGAACUGCCAGGAGGCGGAGAGACUGGGACCAGCGGGCGCCAGCCUCCGGAGGAAAGGUCUCCACAGCUGUCACAUUCCAGGCUGUGGAAAGGUUUACGGGAAAACCUCGCACUUAAAGGCGCAUUUGAGGUGGCACACCGGCGAGAGGCCGUUUGUGUGCAACUGGCUCUUUUGCGGAAAAAGGUUCACUCGCUCCGACGAGCUCCAGCGACAUUUACGCACACACACCGGGGAGAAGCGAUUCGCUUGUCCGGUGUGCAACAAGAGAUUUAUGCGUAGCGAUCACCUGAGUAAACACGUAAAAACUCACAGUGCCGGGGGAUCCGCCGGCUCUGGCUCCGGGGGUAGCGGAGGGAAGAGGGGGAGUGAUACCGACAGCGAGCACAGUGCACCGGGAAGCCCUCCAUGCCAUUCCCCCGACCUGUUGCACCCACCUGAGCCAGCCCAGGGAGUAGGCAUUAACGGCCUCUAAAACUCCCCAAUGAAGUAAAAACUGUAAAAACAGCAAAGUGUUGUGAUGGAAUUGUCCGAGAGGACAUGAAAAUGGACAUACUUUGGUGUAUCAUCAUUGUCAUUUAAUGAGAAAACCGGCCUAUGUGUUUCUUUGACUCUUUCCAAGUGCUUAAGACGCCUAAUUGCAUAAUUUCAUAGCCGUGCCAUCAGAAACUUCUCAUCUGCGGUGUGAAAGUGUAAUCAAGUCCUUGUGUGACACACUGGAAGAGGGCACAAGUGAAACUUUUGGCAGCCCGAUCCUGAAUACGCCUGAUGUUUUAUUUUUCUGGUAUGAGACGCGAAAGACAGAAAACAAUGCUGUGAAAAAUGUAGGGCCUGCCUGAAAAAGUUGCGCAAUCGCUGUCAUGCAUAUAGUUGAAAACCAAACACUGGCACUUUAUUAUCGAGCAGGAGGAAUUGUUUUUAUCAAUGUGGAUUGACUGCUCGAUAGGAACAAAUACCUGUAGAGGACGGCGGUGAGGCAUGGGACGUGAUGGUCCCAUCAGCUGUUUGAUAAAGUGAUAAAGGAAGAGCA